AUGAGGAUCUGUCGGAAAAUUUCUGCAGCCAGUGGACUCGGCUUAUCGAAACUCCGAUCACAAGUCUUCACUGUAAGAUUCCCUCCUAACCGCGCUUCCUCGUCUAGAGAGGCAUCCUUCCACUAUCCCUACACCAUUCCUUCGGCAAUCGCAUUCCUAUUAUCGAUAUUCUUGUUAUCUUUCAACGCACCAAUCACCCCAAUUACAGCAAACCGCCAAAACGCAGUUCACCGCCAUAUGGGCUUCACUCACGCCCUCUUCAACGGCGCUGCCUUCGCUACCAAGGAGAUCACGGUUAACUAG